AUGGAGCCGGAACGUGCCGAACCGAUACCUCCGCGCUCUGUUGCAAGACGUCCUAGUCAGGACGGUUCUGAUAGUGAUGCAAGCCGCAAGAAAACCUUGUCACAUCGAUCCCGAGUGUCUGACAUGUCUAAACAUAGCAAUAUAUCAAAGUCAUCGGAUCUCACCCAAAAGGAUAUGAUCUACCCAGACGAGUACAACUUGCAUGAUGAGACAAAGCAGCCGAAACUCACGUCCAAAGGUGUAAGGGAACCCAAGACUUUUGGCAGCACCUCUACUGGAGAACGACGAAAAAGGCCGGAUUCUCAGAUACACGAACAUUCACAAUCCACAAUGCAAAAGGAGAAGAAGCCGGCCCGUAAACCGCGUCAUCCAUCCCCACCGAAACCACCCGAACCUCGGAUGGAAUCAAAGGGAAAAGGCGGUCGAUCAAAAUCUCGCCACCAACAUGGAAAACCGAUAAACGGAGACCUACCAUUACCGUACACUGAAUACAAUUAUCGCCAUGGGAACUACUACAACUGUCGCAUUCUCUACGCCGCGCAUUCAAUCCGUGAACAUUCUACCGCACAUCGAGCACUCAAAUCUGCUUAUGGCGAUGGGAUGAUAUCUGGGGCCACAUGCAUAAGUGCUCGCAUAUGUGAUAUUCGCCGUCAUCUUGCUCCUUUUCUGAAUGACACGGGAGAAUUGCGGCACAAUAAGACUCCACAAACCGAAAGAGGACCAAAUGUGGUAGGAGUUCGAAACAAAGUUUGGGUUUGUUAUGAUAUUUAA